AUGGCGGCGUCCUGCGGCCCUCGGGUGCUCUUGGUGGCGCUGGCGGCGGCGGCGCUGGCCCCGGCUGAGGCUCUGGGGACGCUGAACCUGCACGAGCUCAGCGAGCUGAAAUAUGGGAUCGAGAUCGGGGCGGAGCCCGUCAUGGCUGGGCAGAGUAAGGCUUCUGAUGUGGUGACCAUCUCCUCCAAAUACAAGCAGAAAUAUGAAUGCCGGCUACCAGCCGCCGCUGUGAAGAUCCAUCAGGAGAAAGACGAGGAUCCGCAGAGCUACACCGGACUGGGGGUCUCAGAACUGCUGAAACCCAUGGAAGCAGCUCCUUGCCUUAUCAAGACUAAGGACUGGUGGACAUACAAAUUCUGCUACGGGAAACACAUUCAGCAAUACCAUAUGGAAGAGUCUGAAAUCAAAGGUGACAUUCUGUACCUGGGCUAUUACCAGUCUGCAUUUGACUGGGACAAUGAGACAGCAAAGGCUUCUAAGCAGCACAAGCUGAAGCGUUACCACAGCCAGACCUACGUCAACGGAUCCAAGUGUAACCUGAACGGGAAGCCCAGGGAGGCUGAAGUCAGGUUCCUGUGUGAAGAAGGCUCAAGCGACUACAUUGCCCGCGUGGACGAGCCCCAGUCCUGCUCCUACGUGCUGACCGUCCACACCACCCGCAUCUGCAACCACCCAUUCCUGAGGCCCCCGUCGACCGCCACUCCCCAGACCAUCCACUGUCACCCGGCCCUGAGCCCUGCAGAGUACGUGGAGUACUUCAAGGCUCAAGUGUCUGACACCAAGCGCAAAGUGGAGGAGAUUUCUGAAGAACUGAAGACUCUGGACACCCGGCUGUGGAACGAGCGGGACACCAGCUCUGCUGCUGCGGAUGCAGAUGGAAAUGUGUCUCCGGCUCCUCCUCCUCCUGAGAGUGACUCGGGUGAUGACGCCGACUUCUGGGACCAAGUGCUGCUUGGAGACGGGAAGGUGACCCAGAUGCCAGACCAAGGAAAGGAUGAAGAACCCAUCAUGAAGACGGCCGACAACCACCUAGCGGAUUUCAAGAAAAAAAUCCAUUUCAAAGUGAUCCGCAACCCAGGCGACCUGGUUCAGUUUAUUCACGAGCUGAAGGACAGUGCCAGGAAGGGUAAAGAGAAAGCCAGCACAUCAGAGGCGGCAGCUCAAGAAACCCCACCAAAAAGCGAGCCCACAAAAGAGCCAGAGCGUUCCGAGGAAGGAGGGCAAGAGGAGGAGGAGGAAGACCUGCUGGGGAAGUUUGAAAAGGAACUGGAGGACAUCUUUCUGCCCAAGUCGGAGAUGGCCAAGCUUAAGGAAGAGGUGAAGUCGGAGAUGGAGAAGGAGUUUGACAACAUCAUUGAUGAGGUAGAGGAUGAGCUGGAAACGGAAGGCCUGAAGGGGGAAUUUGAUCGCAAACAGGCCUCCAAGUCUUUGGCCUCCACCCUCAACAAGCUAAUUGACAAGCUGGAUCCGGGGAAAGUCCCCAAGAAAGGAGAUGAGGAGGAGCAGCAGCAGCAGCCAGAGGAGGAGGAAGAAGUGGCAGCAGCUGGAGAAGGAAACACCGCUCAAGACAGUACGGCUGCAUUGGCAGCAGAUGACGACUCAGAUGGACGCGUGAAAGUCAGGGUCACGAAAGUGCGGCCAGGGAGCGCUCAGCAGAAGGAGCUGCGAGUUCGAGAGAUGAGCAGGGACAACCCGCAGCUGCGCCACGUAGAGGGUGUCGUUAAGGACCUGUUGGAAAAGGAGGGCCUUAAGGCAGAAGGUAAAAUUGAAAUCAAGAUAGUGACGACCGGUGGCCUCGGCGACGAUGACGACGCCCACUGGCUGUCUGAAGAAGACACGAAGAACCUCAAGGACAUUUUUCUCAACAUUUUGAUCCAGGGCACGCAAAGGGAGGCACACAAAGAGCAGCAGCGUCAACGCCAGCUGGAAGACAACUACCGUUUCGUCUGGGGGCACAGCCAGGAGGAGCUGCCGGCGAGUGGUGGUGCCGAUUCGGACGAUGUGGAUUUCUGAAAGCCCUCGACCUUCAGAACUUGGGCAAGGGUGGCUGCUCUCUUGUAGGACGUGGCUGGCACCUUUUCUUUCCCUGGAGGAUCGGUGUGUUCGUGUAGAGGCCGAGUCCCACCUGAA